GGUUCCCGCCAGCUGGUAGUAGGGCCCCGCGCACCCUCCACAAGUCCAGUGGUCGACACUGUCAAUAUCCCGUUCCAACUCUUUCUCAGUCCAGCCGCUGUCCUGCUGGGAAGACAACCUUCUCUUAAGUGGACAGCAGGAAGCGUAAUGAUAACAGAUAUUUUAGUGUUGGUUUACCUUGCUGAUGGCAGGAAGGUUGAAGGUGGUAACAUGUAGCUUGAGUGAAAGUUAAGUGUUGAACAGUACAGUAUGGUCUGAAGGCCACACCGCACUCACUUAACACUUCCUCGCUCGGUAUCUCCCUCACACCUCACCUAACAGGAACUAUGCUCGUGAAAUAAUCUUUAAAAAAAAAAAACGUUAAUAAAGUGAUAAUACAAGAAAAAACAAAAACUUGGAUAAGAAAUAGUAACUAGUAUUGUGAAGUGUGUUGAGUGACAGUAGUGUGGCACCAUGUUCAUUAAGAGUGACAUGUUCGACAAGCUGCUGUGCUGUCGUCGCAAGGUGAUAGACGACGAUGAGGAUGACAGAGUGGUGGAGGAAGUGGUCCUCCAACACACCAACAACAACAAGACGGAAUACAUCUCCUCUGCUCAGUUGGUCGAGAAACUGAAGGGAGGGACAACAGCAGUGGUGGCGCUGGUGCGGGAGAAGCGGCUGGUGGUGGCCUGGUUGGGCGACUCUCAGGCGCUCCUUGUCCGGCGCCGCAACCCCGUCAGGAUGGUGGAGCCUCACAAGCCCGAGCUCCCGGUGGAACGUGAGCGUGUGGAGGAGCUGGGUGGUUGUGUCAUCAACAUCCAAGGCACCUGGCGGGUCCUGGGCCAGCUCGCCGUCUCCAGGGCGAUAGGUGACCGGGAAUACAAACCGUACGUGUCGUCUGAAUGCGACAUCAAGUCCCUGGAGAUCGAAGGCGACGAGGACUUCCUGAUUCUGGCGUGUGACGGACUGUGGGACACCCUCAGUCCGGAGGCCGCCGUCAACGUGGUCUACGCCUACCUCACCCACAACGACGGUGACACUGAUGGUGUAGGUCGGUGUCUGGUAGAAGCAGCACGCAGCACCGGCUCUGAGGACAACAUCACUGCUGUUGUGGUCUUCCUGCGACCCGUAGCCACACUCAUGGAGGAGGAGGCACAGCGCAUCGCCCAAGGCCAGGUGCCGGAACCUGUACCGGCUGCUGUCUUGUGCAAGGACUCCACACCGUCCUCCAUCAACGCCAUUUUCUCCCCGCCCUCCAACCAGUUUGACACCAUCUCGCCCACCAUCCCCACAUACAACCCCUUCGAGGGCGAGAGUCCUGCUGGAGGAUCUUACAUCUACCAGGAGAAAAUGGAAACGGAAGAGGCAACCACUCCCUUCUGCUUCAACCCCACGCACGACGAGCCAAUGGAAGGUACCGAGGCCCCAGAGAUGGCUACUCACGAUUCUGACUCUGAUGAAACUGCUGGUGUUGGAGCUCAGGCUUUCAACCCCCACGACGCCCCUACACCCACCGCCGAAGAGGUUGAUGCAGCAUUGGCCGAACUUGACAGCAUUCCAGACGGAGUUUGUGAAUCAGGAGAGGUAGAGGAGGAGGAAGAAGAAGAAGAGGAGUGGUCUUAUUAUCGUAUGGAACCACAGACUCAGCCACAGAGUGAAGACGUAUUGGUACCUGGUGCACCUGCAGCUGCUACCUCUCUGGAGCAGAGUGAAAUCACCCCUGAAGCAGUUGGUGUGGUGCAAGACUCCGAUAUUGUGUGUAUACCAGAAGACCUUCACAAGGACCAUAUUGAACAACCUCAAGAGCAGUUUAAGGAUUUAGAGGAUCAGUCUCCGAAACAUUUUGAGGAGUUCCUUAAGGGUCAACUUGAAGACUUCCCUACAGAUCAACCUGAAGACUUCCCUUCGGAUCAACUUGAAGACUUCCCUACGGAUCAAUUUGGAGACUUAAUUAAGGAUCAGCCUGAUGACAUCAUUAAGGAUCAGCCUGAAGACAUAAUUCAGGAUCAGCCCAAAGACAUAAUUCAGGAUCAACCUGAAGACAUAAUUCAGGAUCAGCCUGACGACAUAAUUCAGGAUCAACCUGACGACAUAAUUCAGGAUCAGCCUGAAGACAUAAUUCAGGAUCAGCCUGAAGACAAAAUUAAGGAUCAGCCUGAAGACAAAAUUAAGGAUCAGCCUGAAGACAUAAUUAAGGAUCAGCCUGAAGACUUGAUUAAGGAUCAGUCAGAAGACUUGAUUAAGGAUCAGUCAGAAGACUUGAUUAAGGAUCAGUCAGAAGACUUGAUUAAGGAUCAGCCAGAAGACUUGAUUAAGGAUCAGCCAGAAGACUUGAUUAAGGAUCAGCCAGAAGACUUGAUUAAGGAUCAGCCUGAAGACUUGAUUAAGGAUCAGCCUGAAGACUUAAUUAAGGAUCAGCCUGAAGACUUCAUUAAGGAUCAGCCUGAAGACUUCAUUAAGGAUCAGCCUGAAGACUUCAUUAAGGAUCAACCUGAAGACCAGCUGAAAGAACUUGACAGCAGUUAUCUAGAAGAGUUGAGUCACAGUCAAUUGGUUGAUAAUUUCCAGUUCCAACCCAUGGAACAGUCUUCACCAAUGGAGGCUGAUCAGCCACCUGUCAUGGAUAGUACCCCAGAUAUCCUUCAGAAAAGUAUGGAGAGACCUCAAGGUUUUGAGAUUGGUUCAGAGAAAAUGCUAAAUAUGAUGGAAACCUCGAUGGACAAAUUUCCUGAUAUGAUGAACAUGGAUCCUUCCAGUCCCCAUGGUUCUGUUAGUCCACGUGUUCCUGGCAGUCCCAGGUCUGUGGAAGGUUUUGUCACAUCUGUGGAACUAAAUACCCCCGAAGAAAACUUUGGCACAAACUUUGCUAUUAAUCAGACACAAGACUUGCUUGCUGGUCCAGUGGACCAGCCAUCUGGUCCAUUUAGUGUGUAUGUAAGCUCCUCCCCAGAGCCAGCUAGCUUGGACCCAUCUCUUCAGGCAUCCAUUGAUCUUGUUAAUGUAACCGGUGCAGUGACUAAUGGUCAGCUUGAAGAAGAAAUUAAAGUAUCUCAGCCAGAGGAUAUCUCUCCAGUAGAAAUAGUUCAUGCACAGUCCACAGUUGAGGUAGUUGCACCUCCAUCUCCCAUUGAUAACAAGGAACCAGAGAUGCAGUUUACCAUUUCUGACCACAUCUCGGAUAUACCUACUUCACAGAUGGACACAGAUUACACUCAGUCUUCAGAAAUUACAUUUGUUCCUGAACCAGCUGUUGAACCUGUAGCAGAGGUGCCAGUUCCUGUUUACAUAGAGGGAAAUACCCCUGUUUCCGAGACUGAAAUGGAGGUUAACUUCGAUUACUCGACAGUGAAACCCAAGGCAGAUGAAUUGAUUUCCAUGAAGGAUGAAAUUCAUGAACCAGCAGUAUCAGUCACAAAGUUAGAUACUGUCUCUGCUGCUACAGAUCAAACUUCAGCUCCUGCAGAGUUCAUCCAGUCUCCUGCAGAGUUUGCCCCGUCUCCCUCGGAGUUUGCCCCAUCUCCCUCAGAGUUUGCCCCAUCUCCCUCAGAGUUUGCCCAGGCUCCUCCCGAGUUCACGCCAGCCAUCAUUGACUUGGAUAUAGAAAAUAAAUCUUGGGAUCUUGUUUCUGUCGAAAAAGAGUCAAUUUCCCAGGUUAAUGAGAAUAUGAAUGGCUCCAAAGUAUCUGCAGUUGAUACAGAAGUCAUCAACACUGCAGUUACUGAUCUGAUUUCUGUAGAUUCAGAGAUAUCAACAGUGCCAGAGGUGGCCAAAUCCACUACAAAAACUGACACAAAAUCUGUUAAAAGUACCCCAGGCAAGACCUCUGUUAAAGCUACUCCUGGAAAGUCCACUCCUACUCGAGCAACACCUGGUAAAUCUACUCCAACAAGGACACCAUCUGCGAAGACUCCAGCAACUAAGGCUACAGAAAAGAAAUCUCCAACCACAAAACUAACUCCAAAAGCUGCACCAGGCAGAACUUCAAUUGAGAAAAGUAAUACUGCUAAACCUGCUUCUCCUAAGCCUGCAGCAACAAGGUCUUUGACAGCAAAACCUACUGCAGCAAAGACUACUACAGCAAGACCCACUGCAACAAAACCAUCUGCACCAAAAUCAGCUGCAACAAAGCCUUCUGCACCAAAACCUCCCACAGCAAAGCCUACACCGAGGUCCACCACAUCAAAGCCUUUGGCUUCGGCAUCAACACCCACAAAGACCACAGAAAAGAAUUCUCCCAAACCUGCAACCUCGACAGUGCCAAGAGCUUCAUUAAGCAAACCAAGUGCAGCUCCAAGUAAGCCUGCAGCAGCACGUCCCACUCCAGCUGCAACAAGAAGGCCAGUUACUGCUCCUACCAAAACUACAGACAAAGUUGACAGUAGCAAAGAAGUUAAUGGCACUGUCAGAAAAACUGCGCCUCGGCCUUCGACCACCUCGCGUACAACCACAUCUACCACAUCACGCAGGUUAACGACUUCAGCAACUAAGACAGCUGCAGAGAAGGAGACCAAAAACACCACAAACCGCAUUCUUUCCACCUCCACUAAAUCAGCAUCAGGAACAACUCGGUCCACUGUAAGCAAAACUUCAUCUUCAGCAGCACGCUCAAUUACUGAUGCCAAGUCUAGAGUUAAUGGAACUUCCACCACCACGAAGGCUAGAACAACCACAACUACCAAAUCGGCUGCAGCUAAAACUACUGGCGUUGCAGCAAAGAAGACAAUGGUAAGCAAAACUAAAACUGCAACCACUGGAGGAAAGAUAAGUGCAGUUAAAGCAGAUAAAACAGAAGUGAUAGACACCAUUCAACCUGUAGUCAAUGGAGAAAACAAGAUUGCUGAUGAGGAAACCAGUGUAGAGGUGAUUGAAAAAUGUGUGGUAGAGGACAUAAUGCAAGCCUCAACAGAGAAGGUCUUUACAGAAAGUUCACUCACCAUGACUUCAUCUGAACAGGUGGUGGCGACUGCAUCUACAGAAACAACUGAAGUGAUAGUCAAUGGAGAUCACUGAGUCGGUGGUUACCAAAAAAAAAAUGCAUAGACUCUUAAAAUGUUAUUUUUUGUGUUACUACUUUUAACAUUUGCAUUUUCAGUCUUAGGGUCCAAGAGUGUCCAAUUUUACCUAGUUGAAGUUGUACUAGUCUGAUUUUUCCAGUGACAAUGAAUAGUCAGGCUCACGGUGGAAAAGCAUGGAUAUAUUUGGAUCCUAGCUUGUGUAUAGUCACCUUAUUGCUAAUAUUAGGAACUGAUAAUCUUGCUUAACUAAUAAUUGUACAGAACUUGAUUACAAAAGAUGGUAAGGAUCGUCUCAUAAACUGACUGAGCAACAUUAAUAUGUUUUUAAUGUUCACCUUGGUAAAGGGGAGGAUUCUUUUUAUUUUAUUAUUAUUAUUAUUAUGUGAAUAUUAUUGUCAUUGGAUUACAAUAUAAAAGAAUAGAGGAAAUUUAUUUAAAACUACAACCACUAAUUAUUUGCAACUGAUUUAUAUACAUUAUAUUUGAGCUUAUUUGCUGCAAUGUUGAUAUUUGGCAAUCACUGAACCACUGUACAGUGUAAUCUUUCUUCAGAUUUUACUCUUAAAAUUUAUAUUGCACAUAUCAAAUAUAUUUUAAUACUCUAGGUCAAAGUUUUAAAUGCAAUUUAAAUUUGUGCAAUAAACAACCCACUUGAAAUUGUUAGUUUUGAUAUGAUGCUGUUAAAAGGUUUUUAGCUUUUAAUUGCUUAUCUGCUCUAGCUAUAUAUACAGAUAUCAUUGAUAUGGGGUUUUUGUUAAUGCAAUCUAGAUAAUACUGUGUACUCGUUUCUCAGGUAGUUACUGGGUAUAAUUUGGUCAUUACUUAAUCAGGCAAUAUUAGUUAACUAAUAAUCUUCCUCUUGUUCUGAUUUGUGAAAUGUAAUUGCACAUCAAAAUCAACUUUAGGGUGUUAAAAGAGUGAAAUAUAUUUUAUUUUAUUACUUUGUCAAAUCCUCCCCUAAAGGUUGCCAAAAGACUAUCGAAAAUUAAUUUGGUUGGUAGAAAGAGGAUUCAGUGAUUUAUUCUGCCUAUAUGCAUUGAUGUCCUUAAUACAGUGUUUAGGUAAGAUGCAAUUUAAGCAAGUUUUCAGAUUAUUGUAUAGGAUUAUAACUGGAUAGUAUGGUAAAGUUUUGCAGAAGGAAAUAGAGCUUUAAGUUGAAAGUAAUAAAAUUUGUAAAUAGCUGGCAGAAUAUUCCCGAGGUGCUAGUUCUCCUGUGUUGCAUUCCGGUAUUUCCACUGCUUAUGAACUUUUGUACUUGGAUCCCCCACCCACCCAGGCUUGUAGUUACAAGUCCUAUAAAGGCACCCAUUUUAUAUAUAUAUUUAUAUAUAUAUAAUCUUAAAUACCCAGUGUGAAGCUUUGUGACUGGUUGGGAAAAUGGAUGUGAUCAGUGUGGACAAAAGGCAUCAAAAACGUUGCUGCAGACAUUAAAAAGUGCCUUUUUCCAAAACUUCUCCAUUCCAUAUUAUUGCUGGAAGAUGACCAGGAAUUUCUUGAGUCAUGAAUUUAUCGACCCCAGGCAUUAUUUAUUUAUUUAAUUUUCUCAAACUUUUUUAAACAUAUUUUUAUUAAAACUGAUUCAAAUGAAAAGUUUCUAAUUAGGUAUAGUCUCUGCAUUGCCCAAUAAGAGGAUUGUAUAUUUUGUUGGUUUGCUUCAUGUCAUAUUAAAUGAUGUCAUUGGUUUCGCACAAGCCUCUGUAAAGUGUAUUGAUUAUUGUAUUCAAAUAAAGGCAAAUCUCUCCA